AUGGGUCGGCUCAGACGCCAAUGCCUAGUCGGGUUUCUGGCCGCACUGGUGAUCUUUUUGGUCUACAGGCGCCACCGGCCCUGGAUACCAGCCGAUGGGCAGGGCCCAUCGCCGAUCGCACUCCCCGCAACAGCCGAUGCAUCGGACGAUCUCCCGCAAGAAGUGCCCAAAUCGGAGUUCUCAUGGACUACUUUGCCUAUCCGAUUCCCAGUCGCUGCAAUUCAGCCGCUCCCUGAAGGACAUCCGCAGAAGGUGCCGCGAAUUCAGUCGAAAGCACCAGGAGUGUCGCGACUGACACUUUGGUAUCAAGCCGACCGACAAGCCGCCGUCAAGGCGGCCUUUGAACGGUGCUGGACAUCCUACAGGUCCUUUGCAUGGACGGCGGAUGAACUCGCACCCCUCAGCGGAACACCGCGAAAUGGGCUUGGUGGCUGGGGUGCAACCCUUCUGGAUAACCUGGAUACACUAUGGAUCAUGGGAAUGAGAGAGGAAUUUGAGAAAGCUGUGGCGACAGCCGCGCAGAUCAAUUUUGGAGACACUACAUCGCCGAAUGUUAUCACACAUGAAAUCAGUAUCCGCCUUCUGGGAGGUCUGUUGUCGGCGUACGACUUAAGUGAGGAUCCCAGGCUGCUUCGGAAGGCUGUCGAGGUCGGCGAUAUGCUGUACAUGGCAUUUGAUACCCCAAAUCGGAUGCCAAUUAUCCAUUGGGACCUUCAUCGAGCCGCGCGACAAGAGGAACAGCUCGCGGAGGAGGUUGUAUCGGCGUCUGAACUCAGCUCCUUCAUCCUCGAAUUCACCAGACUGUCCCAAAUCACCCGUGACCCGAAAUACUUCGACGCAGCGCAGCAAGUCAUGGUGAAACUCGACCGGCAACAAGAUUCGACUAAGCUGGCGGGCAUGUGGCCUGUCGUUCUGAACGCCCGAUCGGAGUCCUUUGACGGAGAUCUCUAUACUAUGGGAGCCGAAGUCGAUUCUCUCUACAAGACACUUCCCAAGAUAUAUGCCCUGCUCGGAGGGCAGGAACCAAUGUACCGCAGAAUGUACGAGAAGUUCACACGCACCGCUGCGGGACACAGUUUAUUCCGACCCAUGAAUUUUGAGGACAAAGACAUUCUCGUCCCGGGGUCUGUUCGAGUGAUGAUGACCCAAAACGGGAAACCGCGCACCCACUUGGAGCCUCAUGUCCAUCAUCGUGCCUGUUUUGCCGGCGGGGCUUUUGCCAUGGGGGGCGCGUUGUUCAACAUUCCAAUUCAUCGUAAAAUAGCCCAAAAGCUGGUCGAUGGCUGUGUCUGGGCUCACAGGGCGAUGCCGAUGGGAAUUAUGCCCGAAAUUUACGAAAUCGUACCAUGUGCAUCGCAGAAAACAUGCCCGUGGAAUGAGUGGCAUUGGAAACAAGAAGUCUUCAAGUGGACGAUCAGUCAACCGGAUUCGGAUCCCAACUUGGAGGUCGAUACAUUCAUUCGCGAGCAUAAUCUUCCCAGGGGCUUCAUCGCCAUUCCUGAUACUCGGUACAUUUUACGACCCGAAACUGUUGAGAGCAUCUUCAUUCUAUACAGAAUUACUGGUCACGAAGACCUGCUUGACAUUGCCUGGGAAUUGUUCGAGACAAUACAGAAUGCUACGGAGGUUGAGAAUGGAAAUGCCGGACUCGUGGAUGUGACAGCCGAGAACACAGAGACCGCACACAACGAUAUAAUGGAGAGCUUUUGGAUGGCGCAGACCUUGAAAUACUUCUACCUCCUCUUUGGCUCUUCGGAUGUCUUGAGCUUGGACAGUUUUGUAUUCAACUCCGGGGGCCAUCCGCUGAAGAUUCCUGAAUUUGUGGGAGAAGGGUUUGAAUUUCAGUGA